AUGCCUAUUGUGCACCCCUCGCCCGAUCCAGACGAUGCGCUACCACCAACUGCUAUCCUUCAUGAUCACGAUGCGCCAUGCUCUGUCCCGUCAAAUCCUGAAGCCAUGGGCCAGUGGGCAACUCGGCAGCUGACCAGUAGGAGCUGGGCUGCAGGUCUUCCCACAAGUCCGCUAAGGUUUUCAAUAGCGUAUUUAAGCGAGCUUCCCCUCGUGCGGAACCACUUCUACGCAGCAAAGAACUUUCGAAAGCGCAAGAUGCCUGUCAGGCUUCCUCCAGUUCUUACUUGGACAGUUCAGGACCUGCGCACUCUAACUACCGUCGAGACGGUCAAUGCUAUGUCUACAUUCCUCCGAUCGACACCCUGGCAGUACACAUUACAAGACGAGGUGUCAUUUUCUGGCAUGGAAAUGGCAUGGCUCAUCGUUCUCGGAUUCAUGAUGUACUUCGACGCGUACUCGACCACAUCACCAGAGCUUCUACUUGGUCACCUCGAUCUAGGACGUUUGGUCAACACAUUCAAGGAGUACAUUCAGCGUCUGUCUCAGGAGUUCACAUACCCUCGCUUUGGCCCUUCUGCAAAAUACGGAGUUGCUCCCAGUCGUGAGGCGUAUCUGUUCACAGUGAUCUCAGCGGAGGAGCCUUUCGUUCGGCUUUUGCAGCUCAUUGAACAUCUGCCGGACACGGGCUCACCGUCGCCAACUACUCUUCUCUCGGGCAAAGACUUCCCUUCAUGGCAGUCUCCUCGGUGUGGGCUUCCACCAUCCAUGCAUGCAGAUGUGCAUACCGUUGAUGCCCUUCAUGCGUGGCUUGUGGCUCCUCCGUCCUUCCUAAAUGAGGUCGGCACACUCAUCUCUGGAAGAGAGCAGGUUCUUCUGGAUAUGCUCAAGGCGGUCUGUCUAUACUCCGAUGUUCAGAGUAUACUCUUCGAGGAUUGGGAUGCUAAGGGCCAACUCGCAAACUCGUGCUUACGCUCUGCGGGCCUUGACUUCACGUCUUUGCUUCUGGAGUGGGCCGAGGCUCGCGUACUGAUGCUCGAACAAGCUGUCGGACCUAUUCCUGAUAGGGAUAUGGGCGAUCCAACACUUCCGCCCUCAAACCUCGAUAUCGAGUUGUCCGGUCCCGCACGUAGCCCUAGUCCCGCCGGUCCCGCCAGUCCCGCACACCCAGCCAGUACCGCAGGUACCGCCAGUACCGCAGCGCGAGCGGUACCGGCGGACCCAAUUGGACACGACAACCAUCUGUCCACGACAGAUCCGGGCACAGGAGUACUGCGUCGUCCCGUGACACCCGACCCUCAGUAUCUUGAAGCUGCACGUGCCAUCCCUCGUGAUCGCUCUCAAAUGCAGGCCAUGAUACACGAGAGUACCCAACCCCCGGUGACAGAGCGCGACAUAAGGCGGAAGGUCGCGAUAGAGGCAUACAACAGACGCGACGACCAGGUGCAGCGAAAUACUCAAAUACGAUCCGAUAACAAGCGGCUUGAUGCUGAACGCUCUCGAUCGACUACUCGUGCUGCACCUGAGCCACGCCCUACUAUGUCCGAAUUGCCUCGUCUUCCCACUCCUGCUUUGCCCUCGCAUUCUCCAUCUGGUAAUCCGGAGCAAACAUUGCCUCCUUCUCCACCUCCUCCCCGCAAGCGUCGCCCGAAGCCUGUUGAGGUACAGGCACUGGCCAAGGUUACUGUCACCCGUCCGCUUCCAAAGCGCAAAGUGAAGCCUUCACAGGCUGCUGUCAAGCGCCAGAAGGCUGCUGCUGUAGGGUCAGCUCGAGCGAAGCGUUUGCCACCCAAUAAGCGCCCACUUCCCUCAACACGUAAGCGUGCCGAGGAGCCCGAUUCGGAUCUGGAGGAUGACAGUACGCCAACACUGUCUGAUGCCGAGACUGCGUCCCCUACUCAUCGCUCACAACCCGAGGGCAACGCCGACCUCUCUGAUGCAGUAGACGAUGUUGAAUUACCGCCAACAAUCAGUCAUCUUGCUCAUCAAGCUGCUACAUCACCUUCUGCUCGACGUCGAAAGCGUCGGCGGCAAGACACCGUCACUCAACGCGAUCAGGAGGCAAGUCAGGAAAACGCACCUGCAGAUUCACAAUCUUCACCAUCAGCGCAUCGUCCACUCUCUAAACGAAAGCGUGUUGAGGUCUUAAUGCCCGCCAAACCAAAGUCUUACGUAGUUGGACACCCGAAGCCCAAACCACGCGCUGUUCUUCGCCCGGGGUCCCGAGCAGCUCGAGCUGCUGCCGCCGCGCAGGGCAGCGUACAGCACAAUACUUCCACUGAGGUUAUUGUCCCGCAGUCACCAGAAGCCCAUGCACGACUUCGAAAGAGGUCCAGACUGGAUUAG